GUUUGUCAUCAUGUUCCAUCAUGUUCCAAUUGAAUUGCAAUUUUGUGUCCACCCAAUUUUCGGACAAACCCAUAUCUAUAGCAGAGGUCCCUGGUGCCGCAAUGUGUUCAGACAUCGCCGCCGCAAGUUUCUAGGUAGGUGGGCUGAGGCGCGGUGCGCAUAGGGCAGCCAUGGCGCGCCAGAUGGCAAAUUUUGCGCGGCUGAUGGAUGGUGUAGUCUAUACCACCUUCCUGAUGUUCGUGAGCGGCUUCGGACUCUUCUUGCUGGGUGAGCUCUAUAAAGGUGUGGUGCAGCGAGAGACCAAGAAACUCAGCCAGAUCGCCAGCGUCGUGGUAAGGCUAUUUCCAUUUCCUGAAAAGAAGUACGAGUUCAACCUGACCCACGUAGUCGUUUUCUCCAUGCUCAUUGGACUGUUGUGCAUGCUCCACCAUCCUGCGCAGGAUGUCAUUCAGCAUGAACUUGAAAAGGAGCAAAAGACGAAGAAGAAGAAGGAAGAAGCGGAAAAGAGGAAGCAACAAAGAGAAAAGAAGCAAAACGAAUAAACAAUCUUGCCCAAAACGUGAUUCUAUUCAAAUAGUUUC